GAUUCUACUUGCCAGAAUCAGAAUGGUGUGGUAGAUCCCAAUCAGGCAGCCAUAUACGAUCCGGUUGAGGAGAUGAGCAAAAUGGAGGAAUAUGCCAUCGAUCCACCGCUCCUUCUUGCGCCAUGGCAACGUCGCUAUCGAUUUGUAUGUCAAGCGGGCUUAGUCACGGAAUGUCGUGCACAGCUUCAGGAAACACAUGAUAUUUCCAAAUGGACAGACGAAGAGAAACAGAUAUUCCGUGAACGAUUUUUGGCAACACCGAAAAAUUUCCCAAGUAUUGCCAGUUUCCUGGAAGGAAAGUCUGUUGCAGAAUGUAUCCGGUACUACUACUUAUCAAAGAAGACCGAGGGAUAUAAGCAGCUACUGAAAAAGCAUACUGCUCGUCGACGUCGUGCUGCUCAGUCAGAUCGCACUGGUGGCGGAGGUGGAGGUGGAGGUAACACCGGUGCUGGUACUGGAGGUUCCGGUGGCACGAAUUCACACAUGCCCAACUCAUCUGGCCCUAACACGUGGGAACAACUGCGAUGGUUAGAACUGGUCCCUUUGGCCCCAAAUGUACACCUUUGGUCACCUUGGUGA